AUGAUCACAUCAACGUUUGAGAAAACAGCACCGAUGUUUGCUCAAUGUGUAGUUCUAGCCUUUUUUCUGAGAUUCAGCUCCAUUAAUAGUUUGCCUCACCCUUUAGACCCUCUCUCACCUUCUGAAAUCAACAAAACAAGGGACAUAGUUCAAGGAUCUUACCUUGGUGUUAUUCCUAAUCUGACCUAUCAUUUUGUGGAUGUGGAGGAACCAGACAAAAAGGAUGUCCUAAAGUGGCUAAAUUCAAAUACAAAGGACGAGUCUAUUAUUCUUCGCCAAGCCAAGGUAGUUGUUCGAGCCAAGGGUGAGACACACGAGCUUGUAGUGGACUUAACAAGAGGGUCCAUUGUAUCGGAUAAAAUCUACACAGGUCAUGGAUACCCUCCUUUGACAUUCCGUGAGCUUUUUCAAGCCAGCAAAUUGCCACUUAAAUAUCCCAAAUUCAAAGAGUCAAUAGCCAAAAGGGGCUUGAAUUUGUCUGCAGUUUCUUGUGUACCAUUUACCAUUGGUUGGUAUGGAGAACAAAUCACAAGGAGAGCCCUCAAAGUGGUAUGCUUUUAUAGGGGAGGAUCAGUAAAUGUGUGGGCAAGGCCUAUUGAGGGAAUCACAGUGCUAGUUGAUGUUGAUUCAAUGCAAAUUAUUAUGUAUAAUGACAGGUACAGGGCCCCUUUGCCUAAAGCUGAAGGGACAGAUUUUCAAUCUUCAAGUAGCAGCAGGCCUAAAAUUUCUGCUUCCUGUAAUGUAUCAGAUAUUGGGUUCACCAUCAAAGACCAUGUAGUCAAAUGGGCUAAUUGGGUUUUCCAUGUUGGGUUCAAUGCUAGGGCAGGAAUGAUCAUAUCAACUGCUUCUAUAUUUGAUGCCAAAAAGCAAAAGUAUAGAAGAGUGCUAUAUAGGGGUCAUGUAUCUGAGACAUUUGUUCCUUACAUGGAUCCUACAAAUGAAUGGUAUUUCAGGACUUUCAUGGAUGCUGGAGAAUUUGGUUUUGGACGUGCAGCUGAUAGCUUGCAACUGAGGCUUGAUUGCCCGGGCAAUGCAGAGUAUAUGGAUGGCUAUAUGGCUGGACCUAAUGGAGAAGUGCAACAAGUACCCAGUGCUAUUUGCAUUUUUGAGAGGCAUUCCGGCAAUGUAGCUUGGAGGCACAUGGAAAUCAACAACCCCAUCAAAAUGAUAAGAAAUGGAGAGCCUGAAAUUACUUUGGUGGUCAGAAUGGUUGCUACUGUGGGCAACUACGAUUAUGUUCUUGAUUGGGAAUUUCUGAGAAGUGGCAGUAUAAAAGUUGGGGUGGAUCUGACAGGCAUAAUGGAGAUGAAAGCAGUACCCUACACAGAGAACGGUCAGAUAAAAGAAAGUGUGUUUGGAACCUUGGUGGCAGAAAAUACAAUAGCUAAUUAUCAUGAUCACUAUAUAACCUACUAUCUUGACCUUGACAUCGAUGAUAACAGCAACUCCUUCAUCAAUGCCAAGAUACAGAAGAAAACGGCAACUGGCUUUGGAACACCAAGGAAGAGUUACUGGACAGUUGUCAGAGAAAUUGCAAAGAGGGAAGCCGAGGGUAGAAUUCGGCUCGGCUUGGAGCCAGCUGAUCUUUUAAUAGUCAACCCCAACAGAAGGACUAAGCUGGGGAAUCAAGUGGGCUACCGGCUGAUCAGUGCACAACCGGUUACUUCUCUCUUGUCUGAUGAUGAUUUCCCUCAAAGAAGAGCUUCUUACACAAAGUAUCAGUUGUGGGUCACUCCCUAUAACAAGUCAGAGAGAUGGGCUGCAGGGUUCUAUGCUGACAGGAGCCGUGGAGAUGAUGGCUUAGCCGUCUGGAGCCAGAGGAACAGAGAGAUUGAGAAUACAGACAUAGUGCUAUGGCACACAAUUGGGAUCCAUCACAUUCCUUAUCAAGAAGAUUUUCCAGCAAUGCCAGCAAUUCAUGGUGGAUUUGAGCUGAGGCCUGCUAACUUUUUCGAAAGUAGUCCAUUGGGAUUGCGCACAGUUGACACCAACAAUUCGAUUGAAUUAGGCUCUAGCCUUGUUGCUGGCACUAAUUCAUCAUGGCGAUCGCUCUCUGGUGAUUUUGCUUUUGGGUUCUACCCUCUUGGUACUGGUCACUAUCUUGUUGGAAUUUGGUUUGAUAAGAUUCCACAGAAAACACUGGUUUGGUCUGCAAACCGUGAUGAUCCAGCUCAAAUUGGCUCAUCCAUCACUCUUACAUUGAGUGGUCAAUUUAUGCUGCAACAUCCGAACAAGGCUUCAUUUCCAAUCUACAAUGGUACACAUGCAACUGCUGCUAUGAUGCAUGAUGAUGGGAAUUUCAUCUUGAUGAACUCUCUUUCAAACAUCAUCUGGCAAAGUUUUGAUUCUCCAACAAACACUAUUCUACCGGGCCAAACUUUGAAUAUGGGUCAGGCACUCUAUUCCAAUGCCAAUGGAACACAAGACUACUCAACCGGGCAAUACAAGUUGGAGAUUCAACCUGAUGGCAACAUUAUUCUCACUGCUUUUCGGUUCGAGGGUCCUUCAUAUUGGUACACUUCCACAAAAGAUAACACAAGUGUGAGACUUAUCUUCAACAACAUAACAACAUUUCUAUAUGCUGUCAAUGGCACACACAACAUAUAUAACAUGACCACAGCCACGGAAGUGCCAAACCCAGUUGAAGAUUACUAUCAUAGAGCAGUGAUCAACUAUCUUGGAAAUUUUCAACAGCUGAUUUACCUUAAAGAAAGUGGAAACCAUGCGUGGAGAGUUAUAUGGGAGGCCAUAACACAGCCUUGUACAGUAAAUGCCAUUUGUGGGGUCUAUGGCCUUUGCACUUCACCUGACAACACUACAGUCAAUUGCACAUGUUUGCCUGGAUACACACCCUUUGAUCCAAGUGUUCCCUCUAAAGGGUGCUAUCCCAGUGUGGCCAUGGAUUUGUGUUCUGCAAAUUCCUCUGCAUCAGACUAUACAGUGGUAGAAAUUCAAGAUUCUGACAUACCAAACGAUGAAUUCUUUGAUCUGCAAAGAUUAGAUUCCUCUGAUUUGGACAGUUGCAAGAAGGAAGUGAUGGAUGAUUGUUUCUGUAUGGCUGGUGUUCUGAUUAACUCGGUUUGUUAUAAGAAAAGGACACCUAUUGCAACAGCCAGAAUAAGCAUUCCUGCAACUAGCAAUAGUGUAGCACUGAUUAAAGUUCCUCAGGCUCACAAAAACAAUGAAAAUGAUGAUUCACCUUCUCGAGUCAGUUUGCUAAUAGCCCUCUCAGCAUGCUCCUUACUUGCUAUUGUGUUUGCAACUAUUGCUAUAUAUCAUCACCCAACAUUUCGCCAUCUCAUGCAGAAAGAGGCACCCCCAAAGCCAAAGCCUGUGGACAUCAACCUAAAGGCAUUUUCGUUCCAAGAGUUGAGAGAAGCAACAAACGGGUUCAGGAACAUGCUUGGCCAUGGAGCCUUUGGUUCGGUCUAUAUAAUUGGUAUGACUCAUCAUAAGAAUCUUGUGAGGCUGUUGGGUUUCUGCAAUGGGAAGAAUCAUCGUCUUCUUGUUUAUGAGAUGAUGAGAAAUGGGGCACUGUCCAAUUUUCUUUUUAAGGACGAAGAUAAACCCAGUUGGGAGCGUAGAGCCAAAUUUGUUCUUGAAAUUGCUAGAGGCUUGUUGUACCUGCAUGAAGAGUGUGACCCCCAGAUCAUCCACUGUGACAUAAAGCCACAAAAUGUUCUUCUUGACUCAAAUUACACUGCAAAAAUUGCAGAUUUUGGACUGGCAAAGUUACUAAUGAAAGACGGGACUAAAACGAGCACAAGUGUAAGAGGGACAAUGGGAUAUUUGGCACCAGAAUGGCUCAAAAAUGCACCUGUCACUGCAAAAGUGGAUGUCUACAGUUUUGGCGUCAUGUUGCUAGAAAUCCUAUUUUGCAGAAGGCACAUUGAGUUGCAUCAAAUUGAAGAUGGAAGUGAAGGUGGUGAUGACAUGAUACUUAUAGAUUGGGUUCUGUAUUGGGCUAAAGAAGGGAAUUUAAGAGACAUUGUGAGCCAUGAUGUUGAAGUUGUGAACGAUUUUAACAGGUUCGAGAGAAUGGCAAUGGUUGGAUUGUGGUGCCUUUGUCCUAACCCAACUCUAAGGCCAUCUAUUAGAAAAGUGAUAAAGAUGUUGGAAGGAAAUUCAGAAGUUGGUGCUCCACAACUGUUUGAUGAGCAAAUGUUGUAA